AUGGACCCACUACCGAAUCAUGUUUAUGAGGGACUCCCGACGAGAGAGGCAAUCCGCAUUCGGAUACUGUACCCCGCAAUCGACUUCCAGGCACCACUCGAAGCCCACUUUUACCAUGGACGCAUACCUUCAAUCGCUAUUACCGCAAACCGCCGUCUUUGGAUCGACGCUGUAUGUAUCAACCAAGCCGACGCGCAAGAGAAGACGCUUCAAGUGCCCCUAACGCGCAGCAUUUACACAGCUACCUUGAAAGUCCAUGCCUGGCUCGGCGCUGGGGGAACAUUCGAUGCACAGGCAGUUUUUACACACUUGAAGAGGAUCGCCGUUGUCGAUGAGCUAGAGAAAGAAACUAUAUCUCUCCCAAAUCAGUUUCGUAAAGACUGUGCGGCUACGCAGUCGACCUUACAACAAUUGUUUCUCAGCCCUUGGUUUACGCGGCGUUGGGUCCUGCAAGAAAUUUCCCUUGCUCAUGAAAUCACAGUUCAUUACGGAUAUGACAAGAUCUCGUGGAAUUGGUUCGCAAAGGGGACCUUGCUUCUACCGGAAUUAGAUGAGCAACACAAGACUCAAGGUGGAUGGGCCAGUUACCAGUCUUACAAAGUCGCCAAGAAGACUAUUGAGACUUCGUUGAAACCGAGUUCUGGUACCAUCUCCGGAUUUUCGGAUCUAUUCGCGAACAUGAGCUGA